AUGACUUUACUGUUGUUAACAACUAAUAUAAACCCUUUUAAUGUAUAUGUUACAAUAAAUGAAAGGUCAGACAAACCAAGUAAAGGUUAUGUUGUGGUUGUCAACAACAAGGCAGACUCGAAUGAACGCAGUAGAGAAGAUGACCCCAAAUCAGAACACCACCUGAGCAAACGUCACGUCACAUGUGAUCUCAGCUGGUUGGCUGAGCACUCAACAAUUUUGCGAGGACCCCCUGGUCCACAAGGUCUCCCAGGAAACAAUGGAAUUCCUGGAAUUCCUGGAACACCAGGUACUUCACCUGGUAUUGGGUGUCCCAAUUCAAGAAACUUAGAUAUCGAUACUGGUCCCGUAAGUGGUGACAGUUCAGCAAGCCACGUAAAUGAAACGACUGGAUCUGUGUAUGUGAGAUGGGGAAGAUCGACAUGUGAAGAUACUGCUGAACUAGUUUAUGAAGGUGUCAUUGGAGGAGCACAUUACACUCAUAAAGGUAGUGGUUCUAACUACCAAUGUCUGCCAUUGAAUCCUAUAUAUGACGACGUAGAAAGUGGUACAGGAGAGUGGAGGGCUUUGAUGUAUGGUACAGAGUAUGAGGUGGACUCGUUCAGCCCUUUGUCAGCCUUGCACGAUCAUGAUGCAGUAUGUGCAGUGUGCAGAGUUCGUUCUCGUGGUACCGUCUUAAUGGUUCCUGCUCGUAAUGAAUGCCCGUCAACUGAGUGGACCAGAGAGUAUUAUGGCUAUUUGAUGUCCGAUUACUAUGACCAAACAAACAAGGAAUUUAUCUGUGUAGACCGUAAUCCUGAAGGAAGAGAUGGUAGUAGCGCAGACCUCAAUGGCGCGUUGUUGUAUCCUGUAGAGGGUCGAUGUGGAUCACUCCCAUGUGGUCCAUAUAUUGAUGGCAAUGAAUUGACAUGUGCCGUGUGUACCAUAUGA